CCGCGGCAAGGAGCCAUGGCCGCCGUGGUGAGGGGGGGGGCGGUGCGGCGUCCGUGGCGGUGUCGCGGCCUGCUUCGCUGGCACCGGGCGGGAGGCCGUUCUAGUGAGUUCUGUCCAGGCACAGUGCUUCUUACCAGCGAGUGCUUGUGUACUUCCGAGAGGGCCUUCUGCGGUAAUUUCAGGAUUCUCUUCCACCCCCUGGUUUUUCAGCCGUGGGCCAAAUGUGCUGCAUCAAGACAGCAAUGCACCCCAAGCUGCAUUCUUUUCACCUCUUCAGAAGGUGAUGUUGCCACCAAAUACCUUUCAAGGAAAAGUGGCCUUUAUAACUGGUGGAGGUACUGGGAUUGGCAAAGGGAUGACAACAGCUUUGUCCAGUUUAGGAGCCCAGUGUGUUAUAGCAAGCCGGAAGCUUGAUAUUUUGAAAGGAACAGCAGAAGAAAUUUCUUCUAAAACAGGGAAUAAGGUUCAUGCCAUCCAGUGUGAUGUGAGAGAUCCAGUUUCAGUUAAGAAUGCUGUUGCUGAAAUAAUCAAAGUGGCAGGACAUCCUGAUGUUGUGAUAAACAACGCAGCUGGAAACUUUAUUUCCCCUUCUGAAAGACUUUCUGCUAACGCAUGGAAAACAAUAACUGAUAUUGUGCUUAAUGGUACCGCUUUUGUAACUCUGGAAAUCGGAAAGGAGCUCAUUAAAGUACAAAAAGGAGCAGCAUUCCUGGCUAUUACGACAAUUUAUGCAGAGAGUGGUUCAGGAUUUGUGUUGCCAAGCGCCUCUGCCAAAGCUGGUGUAGAAGCAAUGAGCAAGUCUCUUGCGGCUGAAUGGGGUAAAUAUGGCAUGAGAUUCAAUGUGAUUCAACCAGGUCCAAUUAAAACAAAGGGUGCUUUUAGCCGUCUUGACCCAACAGGCUCAUUUGAGAAAGACAUGAUUGAGAGGAUUCCCUGUGGUCGUCUGGGAACUGUAGAAGAAAUUGCAAAUCUUGCUGCCUAUUUCUGCAGUGACUAUGCAAGCUGGGUUAAUGGAGCAGUUAUUAGAAUGGAUGGUGGAGAAUAUGUUUCUAUGGCAGGAGAAUUCAAUGAUUUGAAGAAGGUUACCAAAGAGCAGUGGGAUGUGAUCGAAGCAAUGAUUAGAAAAACAAAAGGCUCUUGAAGUACCUAACUGUAUGGUGGAGUUCUUUGGAAAUGAACCAUGACUUUUUCAUUAAUAUUUAGAAAUAACCAAUUGAGAAAUAGCCUUCAAAGUAUUUUGUAUGCUAGUUUCAAUAAGAUAUUUUGAAAUUGUCAUAUUUUGAAUAUAGCACGUGUAUUUUUCCCAAUCUACAAUCUAAUCUGUUGCCACUAGUGAACAAAGGUUGUUCACUGAAAUUUUAAUUGUUUUUUAGAUUAUGUCUUACAUAGCCAUGCUGUGGUCUACAAUUAGCUGCCUUUUUUUUUUAAUAUUUUGGAGGGGUGAUUUGUUCCUCAGAUAUAUGCAAGUGUCUCUUAAUAUUGUAAUUCAAAUAGCAUUUCAGGACUACCAUAACUGAAUAUGAUUGCUAAUCUGAGGAAAAACUAAGAAAUGAAGUCCUAAUCUUCACACUUCAGUAAUAAGUCCUAAACUUGCAAAUAACAGAGUUUCAAUUUAUCAGCAGGACUACAUACACGGAGAUAGGAUGUAACUCCUAUGGUUACUUACAAAAUCUUGAAAUGCAUAACCAUCUUGGUCUCAUCUUCUGUUGACAUUUCCAGUCUGUUAAUUAUCUUAUCCUGAACUUCAAAAAUGGCAUUUAAGGACUAGCAGUGCCUUUCUAAGGAGCUUACUCUUUGUCAUGAUUAAGUUAAUGUUCUUGAAAAUGAGAAAACAAAAAAUCAUUUGCUAUUAACGUGUGACUAGGGCAGUCUCUCCAUAAAAAAUGGUUUACUUAAGACUAAUAAAGGACAUCAGUAAAUUGGGACUGAAAGCGUUGAAACCUCAUUGUUUCAUUUGCAUUCACAGACUGGUACUAAAGAAGCUUUAAGAUGUCAUUACUUCUGAAGCUAGUCAGUUUAUCCAUCCCAAAUAAGCAGGUGAUUAAAAAAAACCCCAAACCAACCAAACAAAACCAAGCAAGCAAUGUUUAUUGCUGUCCUUCUUUUAGUAUUAAUACAUUUUCCAGAUUAGGGAGUUGCCAGUUGUCUGUCCCCCCUGCUUCAAAUGAUGGAUGGAAUUCUUCAAAGAAAUUAACAGGCUCUGGCCUUUACAACCUGAAAUCCAUGCUUUUUUUUUUUCAGUUUAAACCAAGCUCCAGACUGUCCACACAUACAAGCAUGGACAUAGCUGUAUGUGCUUUGAAAUUGAUGCAGUGAUUUGAGAGUCAGGAAUAUAGAAGCAAUUCAAGGAUGUCUUCCUUCAAGUGCUGGCAUUGCUUUACCCACACUUCAGGCCAUGCUUACAUUUGCCAGCAUCUGACUUUUGAAAUCAUUUGAUGCCUUAAUACAAAGCUGAAGCAAGCUAGUAUAUGUUCUGCUGAAAGGGUGGAUUAUAUUAGUGCAGGCUUCCAUGUGCCAGCUCUCCCUUGAGAGUGGUGGUCCUGUGGGGGAUUGAACAGCAUCUGUGCCACUGAUAAUAAAACAAAGCAAAUGUGUUUAUCAUAGCAGCCUUCAAGGUGUCUCUUGAACAUAAUGUAAAGCUUUUUUAUAGCAUCUUGGGUUUUGGUAGGUCUACUGUCAAGAUCAAAUUCUGACGUGAUAUCCAUGUCUUUUCCCCAAAAAGUGAUUUAAUUGGGAAGUUAGGCUCAUACAUACUGUUCUUUGCUCACUGUUCUUUGCUUGUUGUCCUUUGCAUUUACUUACGUUUUCUCUUUGUGUGGGACACUGUUGCAUAUAUAGCUUUGACACUUGAAAAAAAAGUUUCAGAAAAAAAAAUUCAAAGGUAUGUUUGUGAGCUGUGGUAUGAUCAAGUAUUCCUCUGUGGUAUUUAGUAGGGUAUCCUCUGGAGAUGGGCUAUCAAUAAAAAAUAAGUUCCCACUG